AUGUUGGUAGGAAUUGGUUUGAUUUUUGCAGUCGCACUGACUGAGGUAUGCAGUCCAUCGAUCGAUGGAUGCGCUGAAUGCGAUUCAACUGGACAAGGAUGCACCAAAUGCGACGCAAACGGCAACACGCCCUACCUGAAGAAGACGAAUCCCAGCGACCCGACGGGGACGUGCGUCAGCGCGGUCGACUGCCAGGGGAGCGCGGGCUACUACACCGACGACAGCGUUUCCGACGCAAAGGAGUGCAAGAAGUGUGCAGAAGGCCAAAAGCCUAAUACUGCAGGUACGCAGUGCUUCUCUUGCUCAGAUGCUAACUGUGAACGAUGCGAUCAGAAUGAUGUCUGCGCUAGAUGCAGUACCGGCGCACCACCAGAGAACGGGAAAUGCCCCGCCGCCACGCCGGGGUGCCACUCCAGCUGCGACGGAUGCACCGAGAACGCCAUGACGAACCAGGCCGACAAGUGCACUGGCUGUAAAGAGGGACGGUAUCUAAAGCCAGAGUCUGCAGCUGGGCAAUCGGGAACGUGCCUUACUGCUGAAGAGUGCACCUCCGAUACGACGCACUUCACCAAAGAGAAGGCCGGUGACUCGAAGGGGAUGUGCCUCCCAUGCAGCGACGCAACACACGGCAUCGCGGGCUGUAAAAAGUGUGCCCUCAAAACGCUCUCUGGAGAAGCAGAAUCGACGGUUGUGUGCUCCGAGUGUACAGACAAGUGGCUUACUCCUUCGGGCAAUGCAUGCUUGGACAACUGUCCUGCUGGAACAUAUCCUAACGAUAACAAUCUUUGUACCUCUUGUCAUGAUACGUGUGAAGAGUGCAAUGGCAAUGCGGACGCUGCUUCCUGCACGGCCUGCUAUCCCGGGUAUUCUCUCCUAUACGGAUCUGGCACAGCCGGAACAUGCGUCAAGGAGUGCACUGGUGCGUUCGGCGCCAACUGUGCAGACGGGCAGUGCACGGCUGACGUGGGGGGCGCGAAGUACUGUGCCCAGUGCAAGGACGGGUACGCCCCGAUCGACGGAAUCUGUACAGCGGUGGCAGCUGCCGGACGAACGAACGUAUGCACGGCGGCAGAUGGCAAGUGCACCAAAUGUGCAGGAGAGUAUACUCUCAUGUCGGGCGGGUGCUAUGGUGUGGCGAAGCUUCCUGGCAAAUCGGUUUGCACGCUCGCUAGUAACGGAAAGUGCAUUAUGUGUGCUGCAAAUGGCCAGGCACCUGUGCAAGAGAAGUGUCCGGAGUGCUCUGAAGGCUGUGCAAAAUGCAAUGAUUCUAAUGCCUGCACUGAAUGCCUUCCUGGAUACUACAAAGGUGCCGGUGAUAAAUGCUUCAAAUGUACAGCUAGUAGUGGAAAUAACAACCAAAUCACUGGUGUCGCUAAUUGCGUAAGCUGCGCCCCGCCAGCUGGUGGUAGUGGCUCUGUUACUUGCUAUGUCAAAACAGAUGGCACUAGUGGUGGUGAUGAUAACACCGGCGGAAGCGUCAACAAGAGCGGCCUCAGCACUGGCGCCAUCGCUGGCAUCGCCGUGGCUGUGGUCGUCGUCGUGGGGGGCCUCGUAGGGUUCCUCUGCUGGUGGUUCAUCUGUAGAGGGAAGGCGUGA